AUGGAGAGCUGCAAAGCACAAAUUAACAAACAGUGGACCCAAUUACCAUUGGAAAUCCCCUGGCACUUUGGGAAAAAGAUGACACAGGUAUAUGAUCAAUGGAAUAUUAAAGGAUCACUCGUGGCAAAGCUACAGCGCAUUGAAGGACUGCUGACUGGGCUACCUGUGUCCAAGAGUCCAGCGAUCCAAGCAAUAUCUUCUAGUGUGUGUGAACAAGCUGACGAUGUCAGAAAAAAUAUGUUGGGUUUUAUCAAUGAGGUCUCUCUACCACGUUUCGCAACAUCAACUCUCCUCAUGAAGGUGACCUUCAACAACAUUCUCUACCUCCAAUCACCUCCUAUCGGCGACCUUGACUUAUCUUUUUGUGCCGGAGACCUUGGGUUCACCUCACAUCCCUUCACCAAUACCAGCAACGAAUAG